UUCCGCCGCCGCCGCUCCCCGGAGCGAAGCCGGCCCUGCAGGACCUUGGACAGAAGACGCGCCGUCGUCGGCCGAGGGAGCGCGCACUGCGGUCUGAACUGAAUCUGUAAGGCUGCGGCAUAGGGGUGCUUGAAGCAGAGACCGCUGCCCGUGCCCAGCCAGCAGCACCAACGGUGGCACGCUGACGCCCAACCCGCCUGUUCCGUUCGCCUCCUUCCCUCCUCUGCUACUUGCGCCAUGGGUACUGUCUUGUCCCUUUCCCCCAGUUACCGGAAGGCGACCCUCUUUGAGGAUGGCUCGUCCACGGUGGGACAGUACACGGCCGUGCAGAACAGCAAGAACGCCAAAGACAAGAGUCUCAAGCGUCACUCCAUCAUCUCGGUGCUGCCCUGGAAGCGCAUCGUGGCCGUGUCGGCCAAGAAGAAGAACUCCAAGAAGGUGCAGCCCAACAGCAGCUACCAGAACAACGUCACACACCUCAACAAUGAGAACCUGAAGAAGUCCCUCUCAUGUGCCAACCUCUCCACUUUCGCCCAGACCCAGGGCGCCCAGCCGCCGGCGCCCAACAACCAGAUUUCCACCUCUAAGAGCAACCUGUCCUCCAUCAAGAAGACCCCCAACCCCAACACCAACUCGUCCGGCACCCCCAAGAGGGUCAUUGUCCAAGCUUCGACCAGCGAGCUGCUUCGGUGCCUGGGCGAGUUCCUUUGCCGGCGAUGCUACCGUCUGAAGCACCUGUCGCCCACCGACCCGGUCCUCUGGCUUCGGAGUGUUGACCGGUCCCUGCUCCUACAAGGCUGGCAAGACCAAGGCUUCAUCACCCCGGCCAACGUGGUGUUCCUGUACAUGCUUUGCCGGGACGUCAUCUCUUCCGAAGUGGCCACGGACCAUGAACUCCAAGCCGUCUUGCUCACUUGCCUCUAUCUCUCCUAUUCCUACAUGGGCAACGAGAUCUCCUACCCUCUCAAGCCCUUCCUGGUGGAGAGCUGCAAGGAGGCCUUUUGGGAUCGCUGCCUGUCCAUUAUUAACCUCAUGAGCCCCAAAAUGUUGCAGAUCAACGCUGACCCGCACUAUUUCACUCAGGUCUUUGCCGACCUGAAGAACGAGAGCAGCCAGGAAGAGAAGAACAGGCUGCUCAUCGGCCUGGACCGGUGAGCUUCUGGCCUCCCUUGCUGCUGGGAUGAGGGGG